AUGUCCGCCGAAGCCGACCCCUUCCUCGCUCUCGACGUCUCCAGCGACGACUACGCGACAACAGCCGCACACGACCAACAAGCCGGCGUCGACGCGACCCUCGCAGCCGUCGAAGCAGAAGACGACAGCGAUGCCGAGAGAGAAAAAGCCGGAGCCGCACGCGCCGCCAGAACAAGAUAUACCGAAGACGACUUUCUGGCACAAAAAGCGAGUUAUACGGCUAGGAUAGACGAGGGCAGUGUAAGUGUUUUGUGUGUCUGUGGACAGAGUAUGGGAUGUUUGACUGAUGAUGUGUGGGUGGUAGNNAUCUGGAAACAGUUGCUGAAGUUCGAACCGCCGUUUCGACCUUCUGAGGCUUUUGUUUCUGCUGUUGGUGCUGGAUCUGUUGAUGCGGCUGCUUCUGGAUCGACGUCCGAUGGACACUCUGGAGCGGGAAAAACGAAACUGGACAAGAAGCAUCAUCAAAUUAUCCAAGCCGCUGUCUCUGAACUCUACUUCUUGGAGAAAUAUGCUGCGGUGCAAGAGGUCAUCACUUGGGCCAAGGACAACUUUGAGAAAGACAAGAAGUGGGAUGCGCAGGUCAAGAAGUGGGAGGCCAAGGUCGAGGCCAAGAUGCAAGCUGCUUGA